AUGCAAUCCGCUCUUUUGCGCGCCCGCGCGCCCGUUUCGCGCGUGCAAUCGCUUGCUUGCCGCAUUCCUAGCUCUAGCUCGCGGGCUAUGGGCACCUAUGCCACUUUCAAGGUUCCUCAGAUCAACAAUGAGCCCAACAAACACUAUAUUCCCGGUUCCGCCGACCGCAAGGGUCUUGAGGAUGCAUUGGCGUCAUAUAAGUCCAAGGCUCCUUUAAGUGUGCCUUUGGUUGUUGCUGGCAAGGAGAUCAAGAGCUCCCAGACUUUCACUCAGACUAACCCUGCCUCCCAUGCUCCUCUGGCAACUUACUCCAAUGCUUCCAAGGCCGACGUGCAGUCUGCCAUUGAAUCUGCUCUCGCUGCCCGCAAGUCCUGGGCCGACACUCCCUUCGCCGAGCGUGCCAGCAUCUUCCUCAAGGCUGCUGAUUUGAUCGCUACAAAGUACCGUUACGAUAUUAUGGCAUUGACCAUGCACGGACAGGGCAAGAACGCCUGGCAAGCCGAGAUUGACUCCGCCGCCGAGCUCUGCGAUUUCUUCCGAUUCGGUGUCAAGUACGCCGAGGAGCUCUACGCUCAACAGCCCGCUCACCACGCUCCGGGUGUGUGGAACCGUCUUGAAUACCGCCCUCUUGAAGGUUUCGUCUACGCUAUCAGCCCCUUCAAUUUCACUGCCAUUGGUGGUAAUCUGGCUGGCGCCCCUGCACUGAUGGGUAACGUCGUUAUCUGGAAGCCCUCGCCUUCCGCCAUUGCCUCCAACUGGCUCGUUCACCAGAUCCUCCUCGAGGCCGGUCUGCCCAAGGAUGUCAUCCAGUUCGUUCCCGGUGAGGCUGAGGAGGUCACCAGCACCGUCCUAGAAAGCCGCGAAUUCGCCGCUCUCCACUUCACUGGUAGCACUGAUGUCUUCCGCAUGCUAUACGGCAAGAUCUCCCAGGGUGUGGCGGACGGCAAGUACCGCAGCUACCCUCGCAUUGUUGGCGAGACCGGCGGAAAGAACUUCCACUUGGUUCACAAGUCUGCCGAUGUGCGCAACGCCGCAGUCCAGACCGUUCGCGGUGCCUUCGAGUUCCAGGGCCAAAAGUGCAGCGCCACCUCCCGCGCCUACAUCGCGUCUUCCAUCGCCGAGGACUUCGUCCAGCAGGUCGUGGCCGAGGUGCAGCAGAUCCAAGUUGGCGAGCCUUCCGAGUUCACCAACUUCUGCGGUCCCGUAAUCCACGAGGGUUCCUUCAACAAGCUGGCUGGUGUUAUCGAUGAGGCCAAGAACGACCCCGAGCUUGAGCUCCUGGUUGGUGGAUCUUACGACUCCUCCAAGGGCUGGUACAUUCAGCCUACCGUCUACCGUACCUCUAACCCGGACCAUCCUCUUCUGUCUCGUGAGCUCUUCGGUCCCAUCCUUGUUCUGCACUCCUACAACGACGCCACCGAGGCCGACUUCACCAAGAUUUGCGACAAGAUCGACACCACCGGUAACUACGGUCUCACCGGAUCUGUCUUCGCCCAAGACCGUGAGGCCAUCCAGGUUGCCGACGAGGCCCUCCGCAACGCCGCCGGUAACUUCUACAUCAACUGCAAGAGCACUGGCGCCGUUGUCGGCCAGCAGCCCUUCGGUGGUGCCCGUGCCAGUGGAACUAAUGAUAAGGCUGGCAGUGCCAACCUCAUGUCCCGCUUUGUCAGCUUGCGCUCCAUCAAGGAGGAGUAUGUUCCCACAUACACCGUUGCCUACCCCAGCAACGCCAACUAA